AUGCAGCUCAGAUCGAGCAAAGUCAUUGAAGAAGUCGGUCAAGAGUUUCUCUUCAAUGCUAAGCAAUUAGUGGUCAGGAUGAUCGACGGCCUAAAUAUUUUGUCAGAGCACAAGGAAAGAGCAUUAGAAGCCAACGUUUGCAAAUCUAUGCGUUCGAAACUUGAUACAGCUCCACACAGUACUGAGAAGUCCAUUCUAAUUGUUGGAAAAUCCACCCAUAGAGUACUUCAGCAAAUUGUCGAGAAACAGGCGCGCGGCGAAGCUUUGAGGGAAUAG